AUGGAUGGAGCCGAGGCUCCCAUGGCCCACGGCCUGAGUGACCUGCACAUUGCGGUCAUAUCAGGCCAGGCUGAUCGCGUCCUCAAGAUCCUGACGCAACGUAACAAGAACGCACUCGUGAAUUCGGGCGAUGCGGACGGCGCAACCCCGUUGAUGACGGCCGUCCUCACGGGGCGUUUGACUAUUGCGCACCUUCUACUACGGAAUGGGGGAUCACCCCGUGUCCGGGAUCGCCGAGGCUAUCAAGCCAGCGAUUAUUCGAAGGCGAGCUUCUUUAAGACAAAGUUCGACAUAUACAAGCGCCUAGGAUUGCCAGAGCCGGCAGAUGGGUCAGCAUGA